AUGGAUUUGUUGCAGAGUCGAUUAGCCACUCUUUCAGACCGCGAAGACUUCCUCACUAAGAUGAUCAAAGCACGCGAAAGAGGGAUCCAUCUCAGACUCUCAGAUUGCCGCUCACUCUUCCGAUUUUAUUUUACUCGAUACGAGGAUAUCGAUGCAGCCACCGCGGUUCCUCUCAAGUACCUCAAGCCUGUUGCACAAGAGGCCAUGCGCGUGUACCCUCCUCUUCCUUUUGCGCUUCCUCACGUUGUUCCUCAGGGUGGAUGCAGCCAUUUUCUUAUGUCUGGAACCGUUGUUUCGACAAGCACUUUCGCGGCAAGCAUGUCGACGGCCAACUUCAGUGAGCCCUGGGAAUUUAAGCCGGAGAGAUGGAUUGGUGAGAACCUUACCAAUGAUCUCGACGCAAGCCAGCCGUUUUCAUACGGAACACGGUCCUGCAUGGGACGAAGUCUUGGCUGGAUGGAGCUUCAUACCAUCAUGGCGAAGAUCAUUUACCGGAAUGACAUGGAGCCAGUUGAUGACAAUGUUGACUAG